UCCUCCCUGUAUGCCUUCACUGCUGAGUGAGCAAAGCAUGCACUGCUCUAUCAGCUGAGAGGAAACCCGACAGAAAGAAAACACAGAGAGAGCGAGAGAGAGAGAAAGGGGGUUGAAAGGAGGGGCCUGAGAGUUGAUAGAGGAAGAGUGGUGAGGUAGAGGUAGAGGAUAAAUGAGAGGAGAGGGGAAAGGGGGAACGCUAGCAUGUGAAGUGGCUUUUGUAUUCGGGAUAUUUUGGAGGGGCGCGAAUGAGAGAAAGGAAGAAAAAGGGGCAGGAGGGGGAGCUUGAGAGAGAAAAGGAGAGGGAGGGAAAACACGAGAGAUGGGUGGGGGGUUCGAGUUGUCGAUGGGUUUUUGAUGUGUGAGGGUGGAGAGAGGUAGACAGGAAGAAAACAAGACACAGAGUGAGGGAGAGGUAGUGUAUGCUGUCAGGCCUCCUGACAAAAACAAGCACAGGAAGGUAGAGAGAACUUGACUUUUAUUUGUCAUUUUCAACACCACCUUUUUAGGACGAAGGGAGCACAGAGGGACAACGACCGGAGAGUUGAGAUGAAAAGAAGGCAGUGGAAAUAGAAACAGGAUAGAAAGAAAAGGCAGCAGAGACACCCAUCAAGCCACCAGACGAAAUAGAGGAAGGAAGAGCAGAGACAGAGACAGCGAGAUAAAACCCCGGCUUUCUGAAUAGGCUUCCAGGCACAGUACAGGCCUGGGAGUAGCUCGGGCGGAGUGCUGCUGAGAGUUGAUGAGACAAUCGGGGCUCUUGGGAGGCUGCUAACUUCGUGCAGAUGCAAUCACACCUAAAAGGGUGGACCGAAGACACAGAGGGAGUAUCUGAGCAGAUAGAGGGAUAUAUGGUGGAAUGACUCUGUCAUGAUGCCACAGCUGUGCCAAAACCUAUGCCCAGGUGACCAACGAGGGUGUGUCUGGUUAUUAGCCAAUCAGAAAUGGAUCCUUAAUAGAAUUACCUCAAAAUCCUGUUCAGAGAAAUUUCCUUUCAACGACCUCCUGCAUCACUGACACUCCACCUCUCAGGUUGUAGCUCCUUCAUUCCUUCUCCUCCUCGAUUCCUUAUUGUUUCCAUUUCCUAUCUUGGGAUGUUGGCGUGGUUUCAUGGCAGCUGCCAUGGAGAAACAUUAGUUCCUUUAGUAGGUUUUUUUAGAAACAACCUCCAGAUGUUGGGCCAGAUGCAAGUUGUCCACAAGGGCAGAAUUAGAGAAGGACAGGCACAGAGGUGCUGUGAAGCUCAGCUUCCCAAUUCCCACUGUAUGACACCAUCACAGCAGGAACUAUAGGACUUUGUAAUCCUGUGGAACAUUUUGAUCUGCCUCUGCAAACUAUUCAGGACCAAUUUGACCCUGUUACAAAAAACUUAGUAAAGACUUUUAUCCAUCAUCAUAGAAACCAUGCGGCACAUCCACGUUGAGUUAGCCCAUAAAAAGACUCCAUUAGAGCUUCCAGCCCAGGAGGGAGACCUGCCUCCACCUACACCCCCAUUACAGGGCCUGGAUCCUGGGGUCAGACCUGGGGCGCCCAGGCACUAUGGCCAGGAGGAGUUGCGGCUCCAAAAGGUCUAUCAGCUCUCCAUUUUCUCCCAGUUGGGGGGAUUUUCUAGCUCCACAGAAUCCCACGCUGAUACCCAACAGAGACCUGUCAGGUUGGCAGUGAAAAGGGGGCUAGAGGAACCCCAGGCGACACAUAAGCGUCCCAAUUUAGGGGAUUGCUCAGACAAGGAUGUGUUGGAGGGAGGGGUGCUGUGUGGGCCUGCCCCAGCUCAAGGAGUUGGGAUGGGGUUAGUGACGGGCCCUAGUGGGCUUGGUUCAGUUUAUUCUUGCACACCAGUGGAGCACAGAGACUCUGAAGGAGGACUGUCACCAAGGUCUCCUUCCCUCUCCCCAGUCCAAAACCCUUCCCGACGCCCAACGCAGCACAAUCAUGACAGGCCGGUUCCUGAUGUAUUUGCUCCACUCUCUCCUAAAUCCCCCCAAAUGUGUGACCCACAUGGUCACCUCUCUGACCAGGGAUAUUCCCUAGGGAGCUCAGCUAGAACGGAGACACCCAACGGGAGCCACACACCCACCCAUACAAAUGAGAGCAGUAGUAAUGGCUCAUCUGGAGGCCAGCCCAGUCCCCACUUAUUUGAUGUGUCCACCUAUGAGACCCCCAACCCUGCCAGCCCCACUAGCCCUCCAGGCCCUUUCUCUCCCCCACACCACACAGAGCUGCAGGAGCCAGGGGAGGCCACUGAAUGGGAAGUUGGACUUGAAUCCUCUCCACCUGAGCGAAGUGCCACCCAGGCUGCAGCCUCCCCCUCUACUGGCCUGGCUUCCUGGGAGAAAACUCCCAGUAGUAACAGCCACCGUCUGUCUUCUGGAGGCCACUGGCCGGCCAAAAAGAGGCUGCUGUCCCCGAGCGACACGGGGGAGUCAUGUUCAGAAGAUGAGGGACCCUCCACAUCGAAGAGAAGCAGGUUGUCAUUGCUGGCUUCAGGACUGGGCCCGGCGUCAUGUCGCAGCACUGAUGCUAAAGCUGCACCUUACUGGAACCAUCUACUGCCCUCUGCAUGGGACCGGCCUAAGACUUCCACAGACUGCACACGACCAGGAAGACGGCUAAAAAGUGGGCUUCGGCUAAAAAGUCGGCAGCUGCGCAGCGGGAGACACACACAAACCGGCCACUCCACGCGUUCCAGUUGGCCCUCAUCUUCCAUCAGCAGAGCUCUCCUCGGCAACUUUGAGGAGUCCAUACUGAAAGGACGGUUCUCCCCAUCUGGACGGAUCGAAGGCUUCACUGCAGAGAUCGGUGCCAGUGGCUCCUAUUGCCCACAGCACGUCACUCUGCCUGUGCAGGUCACAUACUACGACAUCUCAGAGCACAGCGCGCCCUCACCCUUCCUGGGGGUGGUAUCUCUCGAGCCUCUUGGAAAGAAAGGAUAUAGCAUACCCAAAGCAGGGACCAUACAAGUGACCUUAUUUAAUCCCAACAAAACUGUGGUGAAGAUGUUCCUGGUGACCUACAACUUCGGAGACAUGCCCGUCAAUCACAUGACCUUCCUGCGCCACAGAAUCUUCCUGGUGCCUGUAGAGGAGGGGGUUGAGGGGAGAGGCGAGGCGUCGCCAGGGGAGGGAGUUCAAGACAGGAAGAAGAUUCUCUGCUACCUGAUGCAUCUCAGAUUCCAGAGCUCCAAAUCUGGAAAGAUCUACUUGCACAAUGAUAUCCGGCUGCUAUUCUCCCGCAAAUCCAUUGAAGUGGACACAGGGAUCCCUUAUGAGCUGAAAUCUUUCACCGAGGUGCCAAGAAACCCUAAAUACUCCCCCCGCGUGUGACCCCAGCUUGACCCAUUUGACCCUCCUCAACGUCAAUGCAGCCCCUCCUGUGCUUCCCUAAAGGAGGAAGAAAAACAAACAGACUGCAAGAAUGAUGGACAUAAAACUUGACUAAACUUGAUGAGACACGCCACAUGCACACGAGACACACAUGCACAUUUGAUACAGUUUUUGUGAGAGUAGAGGUCCUACUUUUGUGCAUUUGUUUGCAUUCAAAGUAAAACACAAAUGUAAGAAAAUGACACUCAACCAGAGCAUUCCUUGUACCUUCCAUUAAGUGUAAAAAGAUUAGAAAUAAUGCAGCAUGUAUGCAGUCAAAAGCAGGACUUUUACAACACCUUAAAGUGUACAAAAAUAAAAAAGACACACACACCAAACAGACUGACAAGACUCAUAAACACACACACAGCACAUACUAUUCAUUUGUGGUGGCGACUCUUCAGUGUUAACAUGCAUGCCUUUUGACUUAAACACCUGAAUUUUUCCUCUAGUGCCGUAUCACACUGUCCUUCAAUCUGCCUGCAACUCCAGCCGCCUCAUUGGACCAAUAAUUUCCACACCUCUGAUUGACACUGUCAACAAACUGUAAGCCCUCUGCUGAUUGUGGGGUGCUUUCUCCAAACAUAUACUUUACACACACACUUUCUGACCAGACAAGAGGGGGCAAGAAAAGACAGAAACACUAGCAUACUUUUGCUUGGAAAGGCUGAAAUGGAAUCAGCCAUCUUGAUUGGAUGUUUUUAUUAUUUAAAACAUAACUAUAAAAAAAAUACUUGCAUAAUUUGACAAAACUCAGGACCUCUGUUAAAGAAUACAUUUAACUUCUCACCAUUUCCCCAAAUCUUACAUACCACUGUGUACCCUUCAAACCAGGAGGGGCACACCAGGACAUGAAAACAGGGGGAUCCAGUUCAUAUUAUGUAGCCAGACUGAGGGACACUGUGCUGAAUUCUAUUUUAGAAAAACACUUUUAUUUUUAGAUUCUGUUCAGAACAGACUGAUGUUGAAGCAGAAAAUGAAAAGAAAAAAAACGACAAGCUGUAGUAGAUUUUAAUUUAUGUUUUCGCAAAUGUCUUAAAAAGCAAUAUGCUGCACAAAGUAGAGUGUGUUUUUGUCAGCCGGACGAGCUUUUCUCUUUGGAGUGGGGAAUGGAGAAAGUGAAGAAGUGAGAGUAAGAGCAGGGAGGGGAGGGGAGGGGAGGGUGAUGAGGGAGGGGAGGGUGGUGGGGUAUUUAAUAUUGGGGGAAAAGUCUAUGUAUAUUUAAAAGAAUAAACCCUGCGACUGGCGAGUA